AUGGCAGGUGGAGCUGCAGGUAAGGUGACUCGCACUGGUGAUGAUAUGCCAGACACUCUCAAAAAGUACAUGCUCACCAGAGAGGUGUACCGGAACGCGUCGGUUGCUAUCCUUGUUGAUGCGUUUGUUCACACACGCAGAUACUUGAAAUCGUGCCGAGCGGACGGUGACGGCGCGUCUUCGGGGUUAGGGCCCGCUGGAGAGUCGUUUCGCGGGUUGUUUUUUCUCUCGCACUUCCAUUCGGAUCAUUACAGCGGUAUUACUGAGAAGUGGUCGCACGGAACUAUUUACGCUAGCCGCGCCACAGGGAAUGUUUUGUGCUGGAAGCUGGGCGUUCGGAGGUCCUGUGUGGAAUGCUUGGACCUUGCGGUGACGUAUAUUUUCUCCCUCCGCAAUGGUGAUCUGGUGAAGAAGGAGGAAGGACGAGCAGAGUGUGGCGAAGGUUGUUUCUCAGUGGAAUUGAUACCCGCUAAUCACUGUCCUGGUGCAGUUAUGUUUCUCUUUCGAUCGGCAGACUUCGGCACGAUUCUCCACACGGGUGAUUUUCGCUUCAGCUCACCCGCUGUCCCCGCUUUGAGCAUCAAACACAGGUGCUGGGAACCGGACCUCAGGAGCAACCCUGUGCUGAAGAGUAUGGGAAACGUCGAUGUGCUCUUCCUUGAUAAUACAUACUGCCAACCGCAGUUCACGUUUCCGGACCGAGCCGCGAUUUUUCAAACAGUAAAUAAGGAGGUAUUAGACAUGAUCAUGGGAUGCGAACGCCGGCUAAGUUACUCCCAGAGCCAAGAGCACAUGCAAACAAAGGAGGAGGGGCAGACGGUCUCAGUAGCUGUGAUAGUGGGAUCCUACUUCAUUGGAAAGGAGAUUAUUGCUCUCUCAGUUCAGGAGAACUUUCCCUCAAAGAAAUCUGGCGAUGGGGCGCCUGCGUACGCCCCAAUAUACGUGACCCCGGAGAGGUACGAGGCCAUGAGGCAACUAGAUUAUUUUCCCGAGCGCUUUACGCCACACCAUAUGAAGGAACCCCAAGACAUCUAUCUUGGUUAUCGUAUGGGAGGAAACGGGGAAAGCGGCGGGGAAUGCACAGGCCGAUUCACAACAUGUGAGGUAAAGCUACCCGUCGACUCGGAGAUUUCAACAUCAAAAACUGCUGGUGAAAUGUCUUCUGACCAUGUGGCCCCCGACUCGAUGACCGGUGGGGUGAAAUACUCGUUAGCCCUGUUUCUCGUCCCAUUGUCCUUAACAACGUACAGUGCUCUGGCUCCAGCGUUCGGCAGACCAGUGAGAAGAAGGCAUGGAGAAGGCACCGCAAUAGAUGGUGGAGCAGCCGAUACCGGUGAUGAAACAGUUAGUCUGUGGGGAAACGAAAGGGUGGAUUUAAAGCAAUUUGAUGGCGUCCUCUUCGUGAAUCCCACCGGGUGGGCUGCGAAGGUUUCCAGACAGAAAAUCAAUGAGCGCGUGUCGCUUCUGAACAUUCCCUACAGUGAGCACUGUUGCUUUUCCGAACUCAUUGACUUUGUGGAAUUUGUGAAUCCCGCCCUCGUGGUGCCAACGGUGUCAAAAGAAGCGUUCGCGCAACACGAGUCCUUAUUUGCUGAAAAGGCCCCCCGGCUGCGCACCCGCUACUCCAACAUGCAGCCCAUCUGUCGGCUGUUGGCGAGGGCAUCUUCAGUGGACAGUCCCGAAACACGCACACAGCCUGGAGAUGCUAAACAAGAAGAGUCCAUCAAAACUGAAAAGCAGCGGAACCCUUUUGCCAUUGGGCGGAGCUUGAACGCGGAGCCAAGUAAGGGGUUGAGUUCUGCAAACACCUGUGAGAGCCGCAAAGGACCCGAAUGUGUGGAUGUGGAGGAUGAGGAGAGCACCGCAUCGGAGGAUACGCACAAUAGAAAUGAAAGUGGUUCUUUACCGAACUUGGUGGAGAAUGCACGCAACGAAGUGGUGUGUAAGGAGAUGAAUAUUCAACCGGAGCGUGUCAUGAGCACAGUUUGUAGGCUUGGUAGCGUAACUCAGAUCCGUAAGCGUGGCCGACCUCAUAGCAGGAAACCGCCAUCGGUUGCUGCCACUACUCAAGCAGCUAUCCGAAGGUGGUGUCAAAGUGGUUACAAAAGUUCGGACAGGGCAAACGCCAAAGAAGUGAUUGACCUGAGUAGUGACUCAGAAUAA